AACCCCUAAACUAAAGCCUCUCGUCUUGAAAAACCCCAAAUCUCUCUAUCCUCCAAAUGGCUGCUCUCUCUUCCAUCAUUCGCAAGUCAGCCUCCUCCGUUGUUCCUCUCGCCAUUCGGUUGGCCGGAAGUCAAAGGCACCACCACUGUGCUGCUCUCUUCUCCGCCGUCAAGCACUGCGAUAUCUCUCAGAAACUCCGUCCAAAUUCAUUUCCUUCCGUCCUUCACUACUCUAACGUCACUAAGCGGUCCGACGAUUCUCUUGUACGAGUUAUUGAAUCGGAGAUCAAAUGUGCCGAGGAGUCCGAAGAGUCUAAUUCUGUUGAAGAGACUCCAGAAGGCUUCCCUUUCAAGAUUGAGGAUAACCCUGGCCAGCAAACUAUAUCACUUUCCAGAGAGUAUCAGGGUGAACUUAUCAAAGUCGAAGUUCACAUGCCUGAUCUUGUUACAGGUGAGAAUGAUGACGGUAAUGAUGACGAUGAUGACGAGAAGGCCAAUCAGUCUAGCAUCCCACUUGUUGUAACUGUUGCGAAGGCGGGUGGACCGUGUUUGGAGUUUAACUGUACUGCUUACCCAGAUGAGAUUUCAAUAGAUAGCAUGUCAGUUAAGGAUCCAGAAAAUUCUGACGAUCAAAUUGCCUAUGAGGGGCCUGACUUCUCGGAUUUGGAUGAGAAUCUGCAAAAGGCUUUCCACAAGUAUCUGGAGAUUCGGGGAAUUAAGCCCAGCACAACCAAUUUCUUGCAUGAGUACAUGAUCAACAAAGACAGCAGAGAGUACGUGAUGUGGCUGAAGAACGUGAAGAAGUUCGUCCAGGCAUAAGUUUUCAGUAAAAUAAUUUUUGGGUGGCUUUAUAUUAUUAGAUUUGGAUUUUGAACUACUGCUAUUAUCAUUUAAUAUGCACCAAAGGUCUUAAGUUAUCUAUAGUUAAUAAUUUAGAGAACACUUAUUGUGUGGGCCAUUUGGAUGAGCUCGAGGGAGUUUCUUAUGCUCCACUCUUUUAUCUGUAAUGUUUGUGGCCGUUAAUGGAUAACUGGAAUAGAUGUAUGAUUUUAAUGUUGAAUCAAGUUGUAGAUGUAUGGUCCAA